UAUUAAGGUGUCACUUAAUAAAAAAGUUGCAUUAUCGAUAGGAAUCUCUCAGGUGUUACAACAUAUUACUAUAUAUAAAUAUAUUACACGCAUACAAAUGUAAGUCGUCUAAACGAUAGAAUUAUUUGUGGCGUGGAUCGAUCGCCUCGUGUCCUCUGCGCAGGGCAACACAGCUUCCUUGUUAAGGAGCAGACAGUUUUACAUGUAAUAUCAAAAUACAUAAUAUAUAAUAUAUUUCAAUAUAGAACUUUUAAACGUAUACAGCUUACAUUAAAAUCAAUUUGUUUUAAAAUUCAUUUUAAAGCUUUGUUAAAUGGAUUAUUAGUAAUAUAUAGUUAAGUGAUUGAAAUGCCAUAACAUGGGAACAGCGUACGCACCAUCUUGCUAGAGUUGAACUUCUCCUUAACAUUCGCUAACUUCAAUCAAACUUACAAACCGUAUUCUCGCAUACUCCGGUAAUAUCAUUAAGAUGUCCCACUCGUGAUCCUGAUGUGAUAAAUUAAUAAGACACAAAGUGUUCCGCAUCAUCAAUUAUUAUAUACAAUGGCCAGAAUGGAGCUACCAGUGUUGGAUAAGUUCUGUUUCGUGAUCAAUUUGAAGACGGGAUGUAUUAUAAUGGGUAUUAUAAAUUCGAUCCUAACGUUUGUUCUGGCGGUUAUAUUGAUAACUUUCGCGGUGGAUAUCAAAGACUUGGCCGAGUCUAAGAAAGGCGAGGUCGAUGGUAUGUCGUCGGUGGUGUACACGAUCGUCGUGCUGCUGGUUGUGCUGCUCUUCAUCAGGUUCCUUUUCGAUCUUGUCUUCGUGUGGGCUGUGUUUAAGGAGAGAAGCGGUAUUAUAAAGAAGUAUUGCAUCUUCUGGAUCGUGUUCCUGGUGCUGUCCAUCAUCGGCUUCCUGAAGACUCUCUUCCAUAUGGGCGCUGGCCACGUGAUUUCACAGAUCCUAUUCCUGGCUGAAAAUUUUUACUACAUCGUCGUGAUCAGGAGCUAUUUGAUUUCAAUUAACGAAGACGGUGUACUUUAAAUAUAUUCUGUAUUUAUGUAACAGCCAUUUUGCAAUCCGUUCAGAAACGUAAAAAUAUUUAAUUGUAA